UUAAAGUGAAGGGGACCUGCUCUUACAGCAGGUCGGUUGCUAAGGACGCUAAGUAGGGUGGCAACCGCUGAGAAAGUUUGUGUUCGGGGUUUAACGCGGAGGAGAAAUGAACCCGUUUCAGAAUUUGAUCAUCGACAGUCUCAUUAGCACGAGGCACGUCGAGAGCGCCGCUGUGCUCGCAGCUAAAAGUGGCGGCAUAAUGGCGGCUUCACCGGGACUGCAGGUCCUUCCUCGGGAAGCGCGGGCGUUCACAGGUGCCUUCAGGCGUCUGGCUGCAGUGCGAGAGCGGGGCUUGGAGAGGGGUCCGUGGGGGGUCUUCUGCUUCCAGGAGGAGGAGUUCGGUUGUGUGCGAGCGGACAGGAACUCCAUCUACUGUAAGCGCGGAGGCCGCGGCCUGGUGCUGGUCAGAACCGGCCUCUUUGUCUUAGUAGCCACAUACAACGAAGACAUGUUUCCCAGCGUCUGUGUGGAAGCUGUGGAGAAGCUGGCUGAAUAUCUGCGCGAGAAGGGCAAAUGAAGCAAAACACCUUGUUCAAAACAUCAAACUGUUCAAACAAGGAUUAUAUUAGAAACCAGUGGGAG